AUGAUAAAAAACGGAAACAGCGUUGUAUUUGAGAGAGAUAAGUGUCUCAUUAAAAACAAAUUGGAUGAAUUAGUUGCAGAAGCAUAUCUGGUUGAUGGAGUGUAUAAAUUGAAAAUACAAACACAGAAUUGUUUAUUGACAGCAGUCAGUGGAGAAACAUGGCACAGACGGCUUGGCCAUAUCAAUAGCACAGAUAUGAACAAGAUGAAGACGUGUGGACUGGUAGAAGGACUAGAUUAUCCUGAUGGGUUCGUUAUAAGCAAAUCCAGCUGUCAAACAUGCUGCGAGGGGAAGCAAUCUAGAUUACCAUUUAAUUCUGGAUCACGAGCCACAGAAACUCUUCAAAUCAUUCAUUCUGAUGUCUGUGGCCCCAUGGAGACAGUGUCAAUGGGCGGUGCUUGUUAUUUUUUGAUAUUUGUUGAUGAUUACACCAGGAUGACCUUUAUUUACUUUCUAAAGGCUAAGAGUGAGGUGAUAAAUUAUUUCAAAGAAUUCAAAUCGAUGGCUGAGAAUUCACAGAAUAAGAAAAUCAAAAUCUUGCGUACAGAUAACGGCUGCGAGUACAGCAAUAAUGUUUUUGAAUAUUUCUUGAAGAAAGAGGGUAUUGUACAUCAAAAAACAAAUCCCUACACACCUGAGCAAAAUGGACUGAGUGAACGGUCAAACAGAACCAUAGUAGAGAGAGCACGAUGCUUACUUUUCGAAGCCGAUCUAAAAAAGGAAUUUUGGGCAGAAGCUGCUAACACAGCUGUCUAUUUGAAGAACAGAUCAGUAACUUCAGGUAUUGAAAAGACUCCCUAUGAGAUGUGGACCAAGAGGAAACCAGAUUUACAGCAUAUUCGUAUAUUUGGAAGCCAAGUUAUGGUACAUAUACCUAAAGAAAAAAGAACAAAGUGGGAUAAAAAAUCAAAGUUGCAUAUACUAGUUGGUUUCAGUGAAAAUGUGAAAGGUUACAGAAUUUAUGAUCCCGUCAAAAGAAAUGUGACUACAAGUAGAGAUGUUGUGAUUAUGGAGAAGCUGAGAACUACAGAAACUGUAACUAUUCCAGUAGUGGAGACCACAGAUUCAGUGGGGGAAUUGUUGGAGGAAUCUGCGGUGAAGACAGAAUUUCUUCACAAUCAGUCCAGUUCCAGUGAGUGUGAUUACUCAGAAAGCCUAAAUAAUUCUUUCCAUAAAAAAAAGGAAGAGAGUGACAAGAAAGAGAAAGAAGAAGAAGCAAACAAUGUACCUCAGACAAAUGAAGAACCAAAGAAACAGCUAAGAAAAAGACCGGAAAGAUAUGGGUUUGCAAAUAUGAGUACUACAUCUAUAGGAGACAAUGAACUGACUUAUGCGGAGGCUAUCAGCGGUCCUGAGAGCCAACAAUGGCUGCAGGCAAUGGCAGAAGAGCUGCAGUCAUUCGAUGAUAACCAAGUUUGGGAGAUAGUCGAUGCUCCAGAUAGUGCUAGUGUAGUGCAGUGUAAAUGGGUCUUAAAAAAGAAAAUAGAUUGUGACAAUAAAGUGCGACAUCGUGCCAGACUUGUAGCAAAAGGUUUCACUCAGAGGGCUGGUGUGGACUAUGAUGAAACUUUUUCCCCAGUGAUUAGGCACUCAACCUUGCGUUUACUUUUUUCUUUAAGUGUGCAGUUAGAUAUGAAUGUUACUCACUUAGAUGUCACAACAGCUUUUCUUAAUGAUUAUUUGAAAGAGAGUAUAUUUAUGUACUUGCCAGAAGGUUUUCCUAAUAAAGAGCCAAAUAAAGUAAUGAAAUUAAAAAAGGCUGUUUAUGGCUUAAAAUAA